AUAAAAUUUUCUUAUUAUGUGCGCUUUUUGAAACUCGCCUGCAUCAUUAAUUCAGUAAACUGUGGUUAUUUAGUCUCUGCUUCCCAAUUCGAUCUCCCUCGUCGCACCGUCCAGACGGCUUCAGUAAGCUGGUGCAACAGCAAGGAAACAGAAGGAAUGGGAUCUGCACUUAAAGAACUACAGCGUGAGCUUGAAAAUAAAGCUAAUGAUCUUAGCAAGCUCCAAAAAGAUAUUGCAAAGAAUCACCAAGUGAGGAAAAAGUAUACCAUUCAGCUCGGCGAGAAUGAGCUCGUCCUCAAGGAAUUGGAUUUAUUAAAUGAAGGUGCAAAUGUGUACAAACUGAUCGGCCCAGUGCUCGUGAAGCAAGAUUUGGCUGAGGCUAAUGCAAAUGUUCGCAAGAGGAUAGAGUACAUUUCUGCUGAAUUGAAGCGAUUUGAUGGAACUUUGCAAGAUUUGGAAGAGAAGCAGAACAGCAAGAGAGAUGCGGUCUUAAAGUUACAACAGAGGAUCCAAUCGCUACAGGCUGGGAAAGCCAAGGCAUAGGUGUCAUCCUGUUUGUCAUGCUUCAUCUUUUUUUGAUCGGUAUUGGUGCAGUUAUUUUGUUUGACGUUGUCAAUUGUAGCGACGAAUGUUGUUAAAAUGUUUUCACAUUCCUCUGCUCAAACGAAACAGAAACGGGUGAAAGAUUCUGUCUUGAAUUGGUGUCAUUGAUUGUUUAGUUGUAUUAUCUAACUGAAUCAGUGUUACUAAAUGCUCAAAUAUAUGCCUUCAAUUGAAGAAGUGAUGAAUUGCUAUUGGGAAUUGGA